GACUUAUCUGCUGUGAUUCAGCACUGAAUUUGGUGGUCCUGGCUCAGUUCAGCUGUCUGUGCCGGAGAAUGUGUCAAAAGCUAACUCUUCUUUUCUCUUUCAUCCAGGACGUUUUAUUUCCUUACAUCCAAGACAAUGUUAAGGAGUAUCUGCAGACACACUGGGAAGAGGAGGAGUGCCAGCAGGAUGUUAACCUUCUGAGGAAGCAGGCAGAAGAGGACGCCUACCUGGAUGGGGUAGUUCCCAUCCCUGCAGUGUCUGGGCAUGGAGCUGGUGACCUACAAGGAGUGAUCCAGGCUGUGGUGGACAACGUGUGCUGGCAGAUGGCUCUGGAUCGAAAGACCACGGCACUAAAGCAGUUGCAGGGCCACAUGUGGAGGGCAGCCUUCACAGCAGGGCGCAUGAAGGCUGAGUUCUUUGCGGAUGUGGUUCCUGCAGUCCGGAAGUGGAGAGAAGCCGGGAUGAAGGUGUACAUCUAUUCUUCAGGGAGCGUGGAGGCACAGAAACUGCUAUUUGGGCAUUCGACAGAGGGGAAUAUUCUUGAGCUUGUUGAUGGCCAUUUUGAUACCCAGAUUGGACACAAAGUGGAGAGUGAGAGUUACCGGAAGAUUGCAGACAGUAUCGGGUGUGCCCCCCACAACAUCCUGUUCUUGACAGAUGUCACUCGAGAGGCCAGUGCUGCCGAGGCGGCAGAUGUGCACGUGGCCGUGGUGGUGAGACCUGGCAAUGCAGGAUUGACAGAUGACGAGAAGACUUACUACAGCCUCAUCACGUCCUUCAGCGAGCUGGACCUGCCAGCCUCCGCCUAGGGGCAAGGAAGAUGCACUCCUUAUGGGCUGUCCCCGUUGUGUCUAUUGUUCUAAUGAUAAAUGUCACUCACAAAAUACACAUCUAUACACGUAUGUGUGCACGUGUGUAUGUGUAUACACUCAGAUUAACUUCCACAGGCAUGUAAGUAAAAGAAAAGUGAGAACAAAGCCUAUUUGUUGCAGAUGCUUUCUAUGUAGAGACUGCUGGAAACCCAUCCUAACCCUUUACUAAGGCAACGUGUAACUGAUAGGAAACAUUGCUAAAACACCUAACACAUCAUAUUGAUCAAGGUGUGUACCAAGAUGGAAAGCUAGUUUUGAGAAAAUAUUCAGAAGCCUUGUUAUUUUAGAAAUAUUGCAAAGCCUUCUUCCUGAUAAUUCAUUACCAUUUAAUGGCAACUGAGGAGAUCACAACAGCUGAGUUCACCCUUGCCUCCCCAUAUGGAAAAGACAAGGGUGUUUGUUUCUGUUUCAACAGACAGCAGUGUGGGGAAAGAAAACCCUGUUGAGUCUUGGCCAGUCAAAUGUGUGUCUGUUCCUUAGACAGACGCUUCCUACUCUUGGUGGCACCGCAGCAAGCAGCUGCCUCACCAGUGAGAAGGUGCGCUGAGGGGUCAGCCAGGCGGAGGUGUGGCUCCUCGUGCCCAAAAAGACAGCCCUCACCCUGCCACUGUUGUGACAGGUUUUAUAGUUGCCUUUCCAACUACCACCUAGCAGGUUUAGACUAUAUGGUUGUUUACUAUUUUUAAAAAGUUUUACUGAAAUCAGUCCGUAAAGUCAAGAAGAGCCCUAAUAAUGUAAUAUUUUCCCCUGAAAUGGAUGUGAGAAAUGUAAAUUUUAUAAUAGCAGUAUUUAUCCUGGUUUAUUCUAAUAGAAUGUCAGUUUCAUGUCGUGAUUAAUAAAGGCAUUUUCUUCUUCA